AUGAAGGUGCUCCGAUUUAGAGUUAGUCGCAGCCUGGCCGUCACUUUUCGUGUCAACGACGACACCGAGAAAAUCACGCGCCAAAUGCUUGAAGACGAACACUUCAUUCAGGAUUCUAUUGACCAAGACAUGGCAUUUAUGAAGGGUGUUCCCAACACCGUCCACUACUGGCAGCAGCGAAAGAAAGACGUUUUCGCUAUGAUACGUCAGCUUGGCAAGCCGACUGCAUUUCUCACCCUGUCAGCCUCAGAGAUGCACUGGCCGCGAUUACUCACUCUGCUUGAGCGGUUGCGCCAUCAAGAUCCUCGCUUAGAAGUACACGUGUCGGAAAUGACAUCAAUCUACUGUGCCCAGCUCGUCAACAGUGACCCCGUAGUGUGCGCCAUUUACUUUCACAGGCUCGUGUGCGUCAUCCUAAACAUCCUGUGUAGCCGCACUCACACUCCUUUCAAGCCUUACCGCGUCGUGGACUACUUCAAGCGAAUUGAGUUCCAGCACCGAGGCAGUCCACACGCUCACAUCUUGCUUUGGCUGGAGAACGCACCUGUCGAAACCGUCUCCCCUGACAUGCCAGAAACGAUGCGCCUCGCAACGGACCUCGUGUCACUCGAUACCUCUUUGUUGCCGCGCCUUCGUACUCAAGUGCACCAACACACGCACACUUGUUACAAGCGCGGAAACACUCGUUGCCGUUUUGGCGCUCCUUUUUGGCCCACUGAAAACUCUAUGGUGCUGCUUCCCUAUCCGCCCACAGAAGACGAUGCCGAAGCCGCGCGGCGCGUGAUACUUAAAGAACGCUUCUUGCAGAUGCACGCCGCUCUAGAAAGUACAGACUACGACAAUAUCAGUCAAUUCCUUCAACACCACGCUGUCACAUCCCAUGAAGAGUACGUCUCCGUGCUCCGCGCUGGCAUUACGCGCCCGACCUUGUUUAUUCAACGAACAGUGCAGCAAAAGUGGAUCAACGCAUUCAACCCGUGGGUCGCCUCUAUGCUAGACUCAAACAUGGACCUUCAGGUGAUCCUGGACGCGUACUCGUGUGCGACUUAUGUCGUAGAUUACGUGAAUAAGUCAAAUCGCGGAGUCUCAAAUCUACACAAAGCUGUCUCGGACAUUUUGGCAAGCACUCCAAACUUACCUUAUGGCCAGGCGCUUCGUUUACUUGGCGUUAAGAUGCUCAAGGCUGUUGAGCUGAGUGCUCAGGAAGCUGCUUGGACACUGCUCCGACAGGAUAUGUCAGAGUCAAGUAGACGGAUCUUGUAUAUUGCCACAUGCCUCCCGGAAGAGCGCACACGCGUUCGCAAAACGCGCGCGCAGAUGGAAGCAGCUGGACUCGACGCGGCGUCAGCGGAUGUGUGGAAAUUUGGGGCGUUGCGGAGAUACGAAGACCGCCCCGACAACUUGGAACACGUGUGCUUGGCAGACUUUUCAGCGCUUUACAAUGUCCACUCCUACCAAAAGCGCCGCGAUCCAGCCGUCAUUCGUUACCGCUGCUACUCCAUCGACGACUCACUAAACUACAAGCGAGAAGCGGUUACACUGUUCCUUCCUUUCCGCCGGGAAGUAGACAUUCUUGAUGGUAAUGCUUUUGAACAUAUUUACGCCGAAAACGUGGACGCCUUGCUUCUGAAGCGAUCUGAAUAUGACAGCAAGUUCGACAUGCACCAGCUGCGUGACAUAUGCCUCCGGAUGUGCGCAGACGACGCUCAUGAUACCGAACUGCGCAAUGAAAUUGACCCACAGCACGCUCGUUUGGUCGACCAGAACGACGACGACGAUUUGCUUGGAGCCCCUGAUGCCAACUUAGUAGCGGCAAAAGGUCGUUGCGCUGCCGUCUGCACACGUCAGGACGUCAUGACCGGUGACGCCUACAGGGAAAUGAUGCGGCUCACCAACAAGGAGCAGUUCGAAGUUAUUCGGGAAGUCAUCCACCGCCUAACGUGCCCGGCCUCUGACCCGCUCAGAAUUUUCCUGACUGGCGUGGCAGGUUGUGGCAAGACCUUCGUUCUGCGGCUUAUUAUGGACGCCUACAACCGCUACACCAACACCGCCUCCACGUGCACGCACAACGCGUACGUCUCGUGCGCCACAACAGGCAAGGCAGCGGUUGCCAUCGGCGGACUCACCGUGCACGCCGCGUUCAAGCUGAGUAUGCGCACCGACGGGGGCUUGCGCGAUGGAGACCUCAACUCCUUCCGUUCAGCGUUCACCAACAUCAAGUGCGUCAUUGUGGACGAAUGCAGCAUGACGAGCAGCGACACUCUCGCGCGUGUGGACGACCGUCUGCGACAGAUAACUGCAAACUACAAUGAGCCUUUCGGUGGCUUGGACUUCAUCCUGUGCGGUGACUUGCGCCAGUUGCCCCCCGUUCGCGCAAGCGAGGUGUACAAACGCAGUAGGACACGGGACAACAUCUUUAACACCCACGUCACUUGGCAUCACCUCUCCUCCUUUCCACUUACGCAAGUCGCCCGCCAGAGCGACACCAAGUUUUCCACCGCCUUGUCUAAGAUCGGCGAUGGUCGUGCGCUCGAAAAGGAGGAAGUCGACAUGCUUCAAGCCCGCUUCGUCUCCAAGGACGACGCGAAGCUCCACUGUCCUCACGGCGUCAGGCUGUUCUAUUCCAACAAGGAAGCCGAGGUGUACAACACGCAGGACGCCGUCCAGGACGUGGACGCUAUUUACGAGGCUAAUGCAGACGACACCAUUGUCGGCUACCGCAGUGAUGUCGACUGUGAGAGCGUGAAGCGUCGGUUACACUCCCUUACCACUUCUGAGGUUGGCAACCUGCCGCGAAAACUUGUGCUAUGUUCGGGAAAGCCAUACAUGCUUACCCUCAACAUUGACGUGUCUGACGGCUUGGUUAAUGGAGCGGUGGGUCAACUCAAGCACGUGCAGUUGGAUGAACUGGGCCUCCCAAAACGCAUUUGGCUCCACUUUCCUUCUAAAGCAACAGGCAACAUUGCUCGAGUCAAGUCGAAGACUAUUCGCGAAGUUACGGGCCCUGUCGUGCCUUUCGAUUCCGUGCCCAUCGAACUGCGCACCGCCACCAUCACUUUGGACAAAAAAACGGGUGUUUCUUGCCGCCGCAAGCAAUUCCCCGUAAUGCAAGCGAGUGCUGUCACCAUACACAAAUCUCAGGGGGGAACAUACAGCCAGGUGGUGUACGAGUAUCACAAGCGCCAUCCUCAGAAGCUCGUCUACGUUGCUUUAAGUCGAGCCACCACACUGGACGGACUUUUCAUAACAAACGCGGAACAGGACUUCACAUUUUACCAUGGUAGAGAAAAUCCCGAUCGGGCCUUGUCGGACGAAUUUCGUCGAUUGGAAAGCCAUCGACUUAACACAAUCACCUCCAGGUGCCUCGCCGUCCUCCAGUCACCGCACACAUUUGCAAUUUGCAACAUGAACGUACGCUCGUUGCCCGCGCACGCCGUCGAUGUCUCGCACCAUCACGUCAUCCGCGAGGUACCUGUACUGUGA